AUGGAGGACCUCGACCCUAUGGCUAUUCGCGCAGAGCUCCCUCCUUUCCCAGGCCCGUAUCGGGGAUAUAGGCCUCCGGGACUACCUGUUCAGGGUGAAAGUCCCGGAGGUCCGCACCCCCUAUUGCGAGUGCGGGAGAGGCAGGGAGACGGUGGAGCACUUGGUGGUUUGGUGCCCCGACCCGCCGUUACAAAGGCCGGUGGAAUCGGCAGAGAGAUUCGGUCACAUCGGGACCUACAAACCGGAAUACGGGAGUAG